AUGAAGAUCUGCGUGGCCACCAUUCUGUCAAUCGCCCUCCUUCUGGGUAACUCUGUCAAGCUCCGAGCUUCCGUUACUGGGCCGGUUCCCUCGGACGGUGAUGGUCAUGCGUCUCAGGUUUGUCAGCAGUGCUGCCAGGGACCUGCUGCCAUACCCGGUAUACCAGGUCUGCCUGGGCCAGUAGGACCGAUAGGGCCGUACGGUCAGCCGGGGUCAAAGGGCGAUAAGGGUGAGUUAGGUCAUAAAGGUGAGAUUGGACAGAUCGGACCUGUGGGUGAGCGGGGAGCAGCUGGGAACAAUGGGUCUAAAGGUGACGGCGGGAUAGGCCUACCUGGAAAGGUAGGUCCCAGGGGAACACCAGGUUUAGUUGGAGCAACCGGGAAAUCUGGUGUCAAAGGUCAAAAGGGUGAGCCAGGGGAGUCACCAGCCGACUCCAACCUGCGGGUAGCAUUCACCGUGGUCAGGACGAGCAGCUCGGUUACCUCUUCGAGUCACGACACCCGUUUGCCCUUCCAGCAGACCACGACGCUUCUGUCGGGUACCACAUUCGACCUCGAGACUGGCACAUUUACGUGUAGUGUGCCGGGCACCUAUGCGUUCACUUUUUCGGUAUGCAAAUAUCAUUCCACCUCAGACCUUUGGGUUCAUCUUAGGGAAAACAGCGACUGGGUUGUCACUGCCCAUGGCGAUCAUGCAAGCGACAAUGAUCAGUUGUCUGGGAGCGCAGUGCUGGUUCUACAGAGAGGAGACACGGUGUAUCUAACAAUGCAAGGUAAAGCGUGGAGUCAUCCCACCUUUCGAAGUGCCUCAUUCAGUGGCUUCCUCCUUUACCCUGAAUAG